CUAGGUUCAUUGCAUAACAAAGCACCGCAGCAACCACCUUAAAUUAGCUUGGUGCCCCGGAGAGAGCUAGCCUAGCUAGGUGCGUAGUAACUCUCACUACGACCUAGCAAGCGCGCAUAUAUACAAUGGCUUCCGCUCCGAGCUUCAAUGCCGUGGCACUCGUCAUGGCCGUCGCCGUGCUCCUAGGCGGCGGCGGCGGCAGCACGUGCCAUGCGGCGAGGCUCCUCGCUGACAUACCGUCUUUGCCGAAUCCGACACUGCCAGCCUUGCCUCCGGGCAUUCCUGCGGUGCCGGCUUUGCCGUACCCGACUCCUACUAUUCCUUCGGUGCCCACGGUUCCGGGAGUCCCGGCUUUGCCUUACCCGACACCAAUUGUUCCUACGGUGCCAAGUGUUCCGGCCUUGCCGACCCCGACUAUUCCCACGGUCCCCGCCGUUCCGGGGGUGUCGGGCUUGCCGACCCCGACUAUUCCCACGGUGCCCACCGUUCCAGGGGUCCCGGACUUGCCGAACCCGACUAUUCCCAUGGUGCCACUACCACCGCUGCCGUCCACCCCUGGCAUUCCUAAGGUGCCAUUGCCGCCAUUGCCAUCGAUUCCCGGCGUACCCAUGCCAUCGUUCCUUGCGCCUCCACCAUCUACGCCCUAGGCAUGCGGAUCAUUGUCGCCCUGGCUGAUUUACUUGUGUAAUAUUGUCACGUUUAAUGUACGAUUAUUUGUUGGAUUGAGUAUGCAUAUAUAGGUGCAUUCCCAUAUGUGUUGUACAUGUGUGUGGUGCUCAGAAUUGUAACAAUCCUCUUGAAUGGUGUCAAUAGAGUUGUCUUGUUUGCCCGCAAGAAAGAAAAAAGGGAGCCAAGUAAAAUAAAUAUAAAUCAUAUGUUUUUUGUUGCA